GCUGACAGAGCAGCUCAAGGCAGAGCUGAGCCAGUGGCAGCAGAAGCAUCAGGUGGCCAUGGAGCAGGCACUGCAACACAUGCACGCUGCGGCCCAUGCUGAAGAGGAGCUGCAGAGGAGCCAGAAACAGCUCCAAACCCUGAGGGAGCAGCUGAGGACACAGGAGGAGCAGAGCCAGGACCUGCAGCAUCACCUGGCUCAGCUGCAGGAAGAGCUGAGAGCCACCCAGGCCCUGCAUCAGCAAAAUCUGCAGCAGCUGAGUGAAGCCAAGGAGACCAUCCAGGUCCUGCACCAAGAAGUGGCCUCCAACAAAAAGCACAUGGCAGAGCUGCUGCAGCAGGUGAGGGAGACGACCACCCUGCAGGCAGAGCUGGCCCAGGCCCAGCAAGAGGAAGCCAAGCAAGAGGAGAAGAUUGCGGCCUAUGUGAAGCAGAAGCAGCAGCUCCACUGGGAGCUGAGGAAGCUGCAGCGGUCCCAGGAGCAGUGUCAGAAAGAGGCCCAUUCCCUCCAGGAGACAGUACGUGAGCUGAGGAGCCACGUCCGGUACUGGCAAGAGCGAUACAAGAACAGUGCCCAAGCUCUGGAUACGCGAGAAGGAGAACUGGUUGUUUGCAAGGUGGAGCUGGCUUUCCUCAAGGAACAGCUCAGCAAGGCCAUGGAGCAGGUGAAAACCCUGCGCUCUGCCCGAGCUCCGGCAUGCUCCAACGGUGGCAGACUGCACAAGGAAACGGAGCUGUUGCUGGUCAACAUCAGCCAGUGUGUGAAGGAGCCAACGUGA